UGUACCAAAAAAUAAAGACAAACAUCAGAACCUAUUUUUGAUUCCCUUCGUCCACAUGCUGCGGAGUUAUUGUAAUUAAAUAUUAAUUUUACAAAUUACUGAGUUGAAAUUACACUAUUUGGAUAUUAUUUUCCAAAAGAAAAUCCCAAGAUUCGGGGCACGUGCACCGGACCGACCACGGGAAACGCGAUUAACAAAUUCAGGCCUCAGCUAACAAAUCUUUGGGAUCUUUACACGUGGCAUCGAGAAACUGGGACACGUGUCUGACGCGGCGUCAGAAUCAGUACACAGCCCAGUAACCUCAAAACGUCUUUCCAACGAUAGAUAUCAAACUUAAAGAAAGCAUGCAAAGCAGAGCAGUAGGAAGGAUACAAAAGAGAGUCUAAGAAAGAAGCCACGGAUAGAAAGAUAAAAGGAAGGCGAGAGCUGUUCUGUUCUGAAUACAGGGUGGCUUGUGAAUUCUUAUCGGGAAAGAUCAUAACGGAAAGCAACUAAGUUAAAGAUCCUUUUGCUUUUCGGAUUCGGGAGUAACUAACGCUGGCCGUUGGAAUUGAUUCCGUCUUUAUUUUGUGCGUCUUCUUGAUUUGUCUGUUCUCAGGCCAUAUUUUUCUUUGGGCGGGGCUUGCUAUUUGUAUGGAAGCGCAUGCUUAUCACCACCCGAUUCAAAGUGGCAUCGUUUUCCUUCCCGGUUUGCAUAACCAGUUCGAUGAUUCUGGAAAUGUGAACCCCAACAUUCCCUUUCUUUGUCCUCCAUUUUCGUUGACUGACCCUUCUGUGCCGCCGCCGCCCCCCUUCGGGGUGCUGGUUCAUCAUAAUCCAACCUCAUUCACUCCAUCAUUGUGCCCUCUGAAUCCAGCUCUCCUCAUCAAGGUAGACGAGGAAAGAUCAAUGUCUUUGCAUCAGUUUAUGGCUGACGAAGGACUUAUUCCAUCGCCGAAAGAGGAGUUAAGAAGGAAAGUUGCCAUUCAGAAGCUCAAACAGAUUGUUUCAUCUUGGAUUAAGAAGGUUGCACAGAAUCAUGGGCUUCCCAAGCACCAAAUUUCUGUCACUUCAGCCACCAUAUUGACUUAUGGAUCUUAUGGCCUUGGAGUUCACAGUCCAGAAUCUGAUAUUGAUGCUCUCUGUGUUGCUCCUUUCUUUGCUUCAAUGGCUGAGGACUUUUUUGUUUGUUUGCAUGACAUGCUUCAAAAGAGACCCGAAGUAUCUGAGAUACACUGUGUUAAGGGUGCAAAAGUGCCUCUAAUACGGUUCAAGUUUGAUGGAAUUUCUAUUGAUCUGCCGUAUGCUCGACUUAAAGUUUUAUAUGUUCCUGAGCAUGUAGACAUAUUAAACCCCUUCUUCACAAGGAAUAUUGAUGGCACCAGCUGGAAAAGCCUGUCUGGAGUUCGUGCAAAUAAGCAUAUUCUUCAGCUCGUUCCAAAUGUGGAGAAUUUCCAAUCUAUGCUGAGAUUUCUUAAAUUAUGGGCAAAAAGGCGAGGAGUGUAUGGAACUUUGCUUGGUUAUUUGGGAGGAGUUCAUUUGGCUGUCCUUGCAGCUUUUAUUUGUCGAAGACAUCCAGAUGCCUCCUUAAAUGCUCUAAUUAUGCACUUUUUUCAAACAUUUGCCUUUUGGCCCUGGCCUAAACCAGUAAUAGUGCAUGAAGGGAUAUUCCCAACAAUAACAGAUGUUAUGGAGACACAAUCCUUGAUGCCUAUGCAGCUUCCAUCCAGUCCUUAUGAGUAUUGCCAUUCAAAUAUUACUAGAAGCACAUUCUAUCGAAUUAGGAAUGAGUUUCUACGAGGACGUAAUAUGACAUGGGAUCUUUUGCACUCAGACAUUCAUUGGGAUGGUAUUUCUGAGCCUUUUCCAUAUUCAAAAGAAUAUUCACUGUUUGCCAAGAUUUACCUCUCUUCUCCUAAUAAAGAUGAUCUUGGAGAUUGGGUUGGUUGGGUCAAGUCACGGUUUCGUAGUCUUCUUCUCAUGUUGGAGAAAAUCCAAGGUUUUUGUGACCCUAACCCAACCGAAUAUGUCGAUGCUGAGAAAACUGAGCCUAAUGUGGUUUUCUAUUGGGGCUUUCUAAACGGUAAGGAUAAUGUAACUGACAAGAUACAAUUGCUAGAGGAAGAGUUCAUGAAUAAUCUUAGCACAUACCAUGAUAUUUCUCCUGGAAAGAUGGAAUUGUCCAUUCUACUGGCUUCUGAGCUGCCCAAGAAUGCUGCUUUGCUUGAUGAUGAUACUGCAAAGCCUAUAAAAACAUGCUGGAAGAAGACAACUGACCUUGAUAAGCCAAGAACUCUCUCAGCAUACUCAUAGCAGCGUCUUGCAGAUCACUUUGCCAACAAAGGCAUCUAGUAGUGGCGAGUUUGAGUGCUUAGGGUUAUGGGGUAGAUUCUAACUUAUUUCAUAUCUCAAUUUCCUGUAUAUAUUGCAAGCCUUGUAUUUUUUCGGCUUCAAUAUUUGCUUGGGUUUUAGGGAAUAGAUGAUACAAGUCCUUGUGAAUAGUUUUGUUUUUAGUCACACAAGAAGAAUGAAUAGUGUUGAAAAUUAAUUUAGGAUUUGCUCAGGUGAAUAUGAAUAAAAUCUCACUGUACUAUGCUUAAGCCAGAUUGAUGAAAACUGAUUUUUUUUUUUUCCUGUCAUGAAAUUAUGCAAGAAUUUUUUUUAUAGGCUCGGAAUUAUAAAGUUUUUAUUGCUUA